AUGUCAGCAUCAUCUCCAGAGCUUCCCUGGGACAUCAUCUACUAUAUCUCAACUCGAAUUUCAGAUUUACAAACCUUAGACACAUGUAAAGCUGUUUCCAAACAAUGGAACGAGAUUUUACAAGACCCUAAUUUCAAGAUCGUUCACUCCAAAUCUACUGGCGUGAUCUCGUCGGCCUUCAUCAUCCAGAUGUGUAACUACUCCUGGAACACUCCGGCAUUGAAAUCAAUUCAUUCACCGCCGUCGUCGUCGCCGUCGCCGUCCAUCUGGCUACUGAACCAUGGGAUUGUGAUAUUGGCAUCCUGCAACCAAGGACUUCUACUGUACGGCGAAAGACAUAAACAGUAUUUCUCUGAGUUUUAUUACCAUGUCUGCAAACCAGCCACCGGACAGUGGUUGAAUUUGCCCGAUCCCGAUGUCGAUCGCCCCACUAUAGGAUUGGCCAUUGCCGCUUUCGGUUCGAAUCCUCUACGCUUCAAGAUUGUUAGGGUUUCCCAGAUUGGACCAACAAAGUCGUCGGGUGUUGAAUUACAGUGUGAAUUGUUCGAUUCAAAGCUAUGGGCUUGGAGAAAAUUGCAAAAUUUAGUCCCACCACCGAAAUUUGAUUAUAUGGCUCCAUCAAUCUUUGUUGAAGGUUCUUUCCAUUGGGUUACUCUUGAUAACAACAUUGUCGCCUUCCACGUGGCCACGGAGUCUUUUCGCACGUUCGGUAUGCCCAAGUCGAUGAAGUUUGGACAAAAUUAUCCAAUUUUUAAGCCGAGAAGGCUCAUGGACUUCCAAGGGAAACUUGGAUUGAGCUGCACAGCAAAUGGUAAUAAGGUCGAGCUAUGGUUGUUAAUGAAGGGUGUUUGGAAGAGGCAUCUGGUUGUCGAUCUUGGAAGAUUCAAAGAGUUGGAGAAAAGUGAAUUGAUCGGAUUUUACGACAUUGGAGUUGUGUUGUUGAAGACAUCAUCGGAAUUGAUUUUUCUUAGGAUUCGAGACAACACUCUUGAAAAAGUUAAGUUGGAUUCUUCAGAGUGGCCAGUAACACACAUAUUUCAAUUUAGAUCUGAUUUUAAGAGGGUAAAAUUUUGA